GACCUGAGGACCCAAAAGAUGCUUCUAGCGAAUCUGGCCUCCCCUCCCAUCUUCUUUCAAAUUCGUACCUCGGUAUAUAUAUGCGACUUCGAAAUCUAAACCAUACAACACAACUUCUUCAAUCCAAUUCCUAUAAGUUUCUAUAAGUUCUUAUAACUUUCACAAAAUUUCAACCUUUCUAUGAUGAAAAGAGCAACAAUGGCUUCGUUCUCUCCAAAACCCUCAAAGCUUUACAAUGUUGGAUCAAUUAGUAUGCCGGUUAGGUCACAUCCAAGCACAUCCAAAACUGAGGAAGAGCUGAACAAGCUCAAGGCCUGGGAGGCACAGUUGACCUCUUCGUCGUCGUUGUCGCCUGUGUCAUCAGAAGUGGAUUCAAUAUGCAAAGGGCUAGGUGGUCUCAAAGAGUUGUACGUUUGUAUUGAAGAGCUUCUUCACCUGUCAUUGGCUCAACAAGCUCUAGCCCUUCACCAAAACGAGAAAUGGGUUGAAGAGCUGUUGGAUAGUUCUGUCAAGUACUUGGAUGUAUGUGGAAACACAAAGGAUUCCAUUGGGACCAUGAAGGAAAGCGUUAGAGGUCUUCAAUCUGCGCUUCGGAGAAGAAAGGUGGGGGAUUCGAGCUUCGAAGACAUUGUAAGUUCAUAUGUUUGCAUAAGAAAAAAAAUGAACGAGGAAAUUGUGCGGUUUGUGGCAUCAUUGAAGCAAAUGGAUCAAAAGUACGAAGCAUUUCCUUUGGAUCUCAACAACCAUCUGGCCCCGAUGGUGCGGGUGUUCAGAGAGGCAAGUUUGAUCACCAGCUCCAUUUUUCAGUCACUUUCUUCAUUUCUGUCCACUCCAAUUUUGAAGCCAAGGCCUAGCAGAUGGUCGUUGGUUUCGAUUUUGUUGCACAAAGGGGUUUUGGUUUGUGACAACAACCAACGCAAAAGCAUGAACGAGCUGGAAAAGGUAGAUAUUUCAGUUAGCAACAUGGUUGUGCAUAAUUCAGGUGAAGAUUUUGUGGAUGCUCAGAAGGUUCAAUUUGUACAACGAAAGUUGGAGGUCUUGGAUUCAAGCAUUGAAGGCAUUGAAAAUGGUUUGGAGGGAUUGUUUAAGGUCUUGAUCCACAUCAGAGUUUCUCUCCUAAACAUACUUUCUUGUUAAGAUCAUCCGUCGAUUAGUUUCCAUUAGUAGGGGAGCCCGCGCUAUGCGGUUUUUUAAACUGUAUAAAAUAUAUAUAUAACUGUUUAUAUACAUGUAGAAAUAUCAAAUCCAUUCAUACUCA